GUCGUUUUUCUUAUUCCGUAAACAUGGUAAACAGUAUUGAUGCAACCAACCGCAAUCCAGCAACCUCACCAAGGGAAGUAGAACAACGCUAGAGCCUGGUUGGUUGACUCAUUUUGUCCCAUUCAAAAAUAUGUCGGUUCCACCGCCCAAGGGCGGUUCUGAAGGAGGUGCGCCCCAACCUGAGAAACGGAAGAAGGAGUCAAUUUUGGAUUUGUCCAAGUACUUGGAGAAAUCUGUGCGGAUCAAGUUUGCCGGUGGUCGAGAAUGCAGUGGCACUCUCAAGGGUUAUGAUCCCUUGCUGAAUAUCGUGAUUGACAACACCACCGAGUAUCUGAGGGAUCCGGAUGAUCCGUACAAACUCACGGAGGACACCCGACAUUUGGGGUUGGUGGUUUGCAGAGGGACGGCUGUGACUCUGAUCUGUCCAAUGGAAGGCAUGGAGGCCAUUCCCAAUCCUUUUGUUCAGGAAUAAUCUAGCUUUUGUGUCAUGUGUAUUAAACGAAAAUCUACUCA